AUGACGUUCCCUUGGACCUUAGUGACGGUGCUCAGGCAGCCUGGAGGACACACUCAGAGGAUUCUAGUGUGCAUACAUGGGCACCAUCCAGAGGUGGUCGAGCUCCUUGACCUCCUGCAGGUCCCUUACGAGGAGAAUCUGAUCGACGUCGACAUCAAGAUCGAGGGCAAGAUCGCAGAACACUACCGCAUGGCCCUCGACGCCGCCUUCUCGCGUUUCCCCGAGGCCCCCAAGGCUAUUCUGCUGGAGGAGGACCUGCUCGUUGCUCCAGACUUCUUCAGUUUCUUCAACCAAACGGCCUGGCUGCUCGACCACGACUCGACCCUCAUUUGCGUGAGCGCCUGGAAUGACCUGAGCAGUUUACACGUGGCUCACGACCCUACCUUGCUGCGCCGCGUGGAGACCCUGCCUGGCCUGGGGUGGAUGCUCACGAGGCUUCUGGCGGAGGAACUUCUACAGGCCUGGCACACGAAGAAGAAGGACCAAGACUGGGACAUAUGGGCGCGCGGAAUGGACGUCAUCGGUGGGCGUGAGUGUGUGGUGCCAGACGUCAGCAGGACAUUCCACAUAGGCCUAUCGGGCGCCCACAACCCAGGCCUAAUCCACGCCGCUUUUUUCUCCGCCAGGCCUAUGCCGGCAGAGGCCCAUGUAAGACUGAAAAAUGUUGAUCGACUGACAUUCGAGAAAUACGAGGAGGACAUCUACUCGCUGCUCGAGGACGACCCUCUCUUCCUCGACACGAAACUCCAUCCUUGUAGUGAACAUUACUUGCCUCGUAAUAUCACGGAAAAACCGGUCGUGAUCUUCAUCGAGAUGAUCACCGGCAUCGACUACCUGGCCUGGAAAUACUUCGCCAGGUGCUUGGGCGUCUGGGACCAGGACAUAAGAGCCAUGCAUCGAGGUCUCUUCUGGUUUUAUUUCUACGAGACGCAAGUAAUGGUCAUUGGAUAUCCAUACAGUGACUAUAGUCCCUACAAGCCACCGGGAAUCGAGGUCCUGCGUGUGAUUGACCCGAAGGACAUCGACGAACUGGACUUGGUGGCGCCUUCGAACCGACGCCGCUUCAGGAGGCCGGAGCUCGAGUCCCUGGUACCCUUUUUGGACACGGCGUUACCUGUUCUCCAACCCUAAGUUACCUGUUCUCCAUCCCUAAGUUGUUAUCUGUUCUCCAACCCUAAGCUGUUAUCUGUUCUCCAACCCUAAGCUGUUAUCUGUUCUCCAACCCUAAGCUGUUACCUGUUCUCCAUCCCUAAGUUACCUGUUCUCCAUCCCUAAGUUGUUAUCUGUUCUCCAACCCUAAGCUGUUAUCUGUUCUCCAACCCUAAGUUGUUAUCUGUUCUCCAUCCCUAAGCUGUUAUCUGUUCUCCAUCCCAAAGUUGUUACCUAUUCUCCAUCCCUAAGUUACCUGUUCUUGGUGGCCUUCCCGUUGUUCUUUAGGAUAUAGUUGAAGCGGCAGUUCCUUGUAAAAUAU